GACUCUGCUGCCACAGCCCCGAUCCCAGGCAUUGCCACCAAGUCAUCUGUCCUCUGGACUGAGAAUCCGUGACCCCGGAACAACCUCACUGCAAAUCACUGAGAUCCUGGAUGAGCAGCCCAGCCCUUCCCACCCAGCUGCUCCUCUCCCUGGCUACAUUCGGGAAGGAAAAACCACUCCAGGCAAGAAACAGAGCCCUCCUGUCUGUCCAACAGCCUGUAACCCUACCUAGGAUGCUGGCUUCCUGUCAAUUAGAACCCCAAAUUGCUGUCUUUUGUUGAUCUGUUCCUUUCUAUGCAGCCACCUUCAUACAACCCUUUCUAAGAAAAUCGCAAGUGCUGCCAGUGGCCCGGGAGGCCCGGAUCCCAGAGCAUCUUCUUCCUAAGCCUGGACGCUCCGGCUUCUGCCCUUCCUUUGGUGCUUCACCUUUCCUGAGCCUUCAGACCAGUGGUUCUCAACCGUCCUAAUGCUACUACAGUCUAAUGCAGUUCCUUCUGUUGUGGUGAUCCCCAACCAUCAUGUUAUUUUUGCUUCUGCUUCAUAACUGUAAUUUUGCUGCUGCUGUGCAUCGCAACGUAAAUAUUUUUUGGAGAAAGAGGUUUGCGGAAGAAGUCGAAACCCACAGGUUGAGAACUGCUGCUUCAGGCCAUUCCCCCUCUUCCCUGCAACCUGUGGGUUUUCCCUCCUUCAGCUGCCAGUAACAAUUCAACAGCUACAACUGAUACAUGGUCAGAAAGAAGACCAGCAAAGGAUGCCCAGCCCUUCCACGGGCACUGUGCAAAGUGACACUGACUGGGCUGUGGAGGGAGAUGAACAUGCCAGAUGAGAAGCUGUGGUUGGAACCUCAGGAGAAAGAAGGGGAGGGAAACAGAGAGAGCUGUCCUUUGACUCACAGCGCAAACCAACCAUCAAAAAUGCUGGUGUGGGUCUGGGGUUUAGCUCAGUGGAAGAUCACUUUCCUGGUAGAUAUAAGGCUCUCUCUCUCUCUCUCUCUCUCUCUCUCUCUCUCUCUCUCUCUCUCUCCCUCUCCCCCUCUUCCUCCUCUCCCUCCCUCUCUCCCCUCCCUAGAUGCAGAAGCCUUUGAGUCUCAGCCUUUCUCGUCCCUUUCUUUUCUUAGUGUGUUAAGAGUAGAACCGAGGGCCUAUUGGACACUGAAUAAGCACUGCACCACUGCACUACACCCCCAGCCCCUUUAUUUAUUUUUAGUUGAAUCAGAUUCUAAGACAUAUGUUUAUUAUUAACAUUAUUAGAAAAUAUAAAAUUUUUAUGUCUAUUAGAUCUAAUUGAACUUCCAGACUUAUGCCACUCGCCUUCCCUAAACCAUUAUUAUAAUAAUAAAGUUUAGUUACAUUAACUAUAUCAGGAUGUACUCCUGAUAUUGCCGAAGAUACACAGUCUGGACUCCUUGCUCUGCAGGACUGAGAAUAAAGGAGCCUGAACUCAAUAACUUUUCCUCCACUCCUCUGAUACUUGCCAUUCAAAUAAGUUAACAUAAUUGGAAAGGUAAUGUCAAUAGAAGAUUUCAUCAUCUACAUUUUCAAAAGAAGAGGAAGAGGAGGAGGAGGAAGAAGGAGAAAAGGAGGAGAAGGAGGAGGAGGUGGGAGGAGGAGAAGAAGAAGAGGAGGAGGAGGGGAGGAGGAGAAGGAGGAAUAAGAAGGGGAAGAAGAAGAAUAGAAGAAGAAUAGAAGAAGAAGAAGAAGAAGAAGAAGAAGAAGAAGAAGAAGAAGAAGAAGAAGAAGAAGAAGAAGAAGAAGAAGAAGAAGAAAUAAUCCUGCUAUUAAACUAUUCAGUCCCUUCUGUAUCCUACCAUCCCCUGGCCACCUGCCUCCCUUACUGUGUCCUCAAGAGAUCACCAGAGAAAAGAUAAGGAAGACUCUCAAGAGAUGCCCCACCAUCCCUCAGGACCCGAAGCAGUUGUCAAAGACAUCUUAACAUCCAAGACUAACAAUCGAGAUGACUCAGGAGCACAGCCUCCGGGUUCUCCUGGCACCAUGCAUGUGGUUCAAGAUAAUUCUCCAGCACCAAAUGACCCGGAAGUGCCCCAGGAAGCUCCCUGCACACCUGCAAACAAGAAAGCAAGAAAAAGAAAAAGUUGCAUCUGGUCAAAUUCCAAAAGAAGACGGCAGAAAAAAAAGCCCCCUCAACAUAAGAUGAUGGGAGUGGCCUCACCUGGACCUGGAGUUCAGGAGAAGCUCAAGGUGGUGGGGCAGAGGACUCUGAAUCAGGAUGACUCAACUAGGAACGUGAAGGUAGUGACCAGGACUCUGAGGGAAAGGACUCGCUGUGCCCAGACAUCCAGUUCUCAAGAGAUCAGCAAGGAAGCAUCAAAACCAAGGGCUAGAAAGAGGCCUCAGAAGAGGCCCCACACAGCAGGAAGAACCAUACACGUUCCAGAAAAGUCCAAGGACGAUGCUGUGGAUUUUCUCUCUCCUACACUCUCUGUGACCUGUGGUGAGGCCAGAGGGACUUUGUUCAAAGAGAAACUGAAGCAAGGAUCCUCAGAAAAGUGCAUUCAGAAUGAGGCGGGAGCUUGGCUGACUGUAAAGGAGUUUUUAAAGAAAGGGGGAAAGGCCACGUCAAAAGAUUGGAAGAAAGCUAUCCGUUGUAACAAGAAGACAUUAAGAAGUCUGGAGCAGGAUGGAUUUUUGUUCUGUACUUCCAAAAGUAAGCCUCAAAAAGAGUGUGACUAGCGGAUGAGCUCCUGAACUAUGCUUAGCUGUUGUGUGCUGUCUUCAGUGUCUGAACUUUGCCUUCGAGUCUCUGAGUGUCCCAGCUUCAUGUUCGUGUAGGGCAACUCAUCACAACUGGUCCAGCACUGAGUACACGCUCCCGAUGCCUUUGUUCACAGCUGACUUGCAAUAGAAAAGUACAUGAAUCUUAGAAAAUAAAGAUAUAGCUGUUAGUGUCUA